GCAAACACCAAACACUAGUCAGCUAGGUGAUCAACUUCUACACUAGUUCAGUUGUUCGAAUCGUGCGCAAACACUGCUGGUUCAUACUGUUAUUCAACUAUAGACAUUGCUACUGUUAUACAACUAUAGCCAUUGCUACUGUUAUACAGCUAUAGACAUUGGUAUUUUUAUACAACUCUAGACAUUGGGACUUUUAUACAACUACUAAAAUUUUACUGUCGUACAUCUGUUGAGAUCGUUACUGUUACACAACUUUGUCAGCUGUUGCCUAAGUUAAAAUAUUUUUUGAAGCCAUGCGGCUCUUACUUCACUUCAUUUCAUUGACGCUGCUAUGUGCCAGCUCACACCAACAGUCUACCAUUAGACCUGAAUGGCAGGGGAAGGCGGUGGACAUCUUCUUCAUGCUGGACGCCUCCUCCAGUGUGUGGGUGAUAGACUUCUACUCACAGCGCCAGUUCGUAGCUGACCUCAUCUCUGGUAUGGACGUCAGCCCCACGGGCCCUGUCCGUGUGGGGGUGGGGGUGUACGUGGAGGGGCUGGAGAUAGUGGUGCCAGUAAACAACAGCUUCACCAAACAGAAGGUGAUAGAUCUGACGCUCCAGGCGCCCUACACCAUGGGAGACUCGUACAUUUCCAGAGCCAUGAAAGGUCUGCGAGAAAAAGGUUUACCUCUGGCCAUCAGACGACCAAACGUACCUGCCAUAGGUGUGCUCAUCACUGACGGAUCAUCCAGGCAGCGCCAGUUGACCGCCGACUACACCAACCUCUGCCAGAAGGAGGGCAUCUAUAUCGCCACCAUCGGGGUGGGCGCCUACGCUGACCAGCGGGAGCUCAAGGACAUGGCCAGCGAUCCCAAGGCCGACUACUUCUACUACGUCGAUGCCUUCAAGGAUUUGGCCAGCAUUAAGGACAAAGUCUCGGCCAACUUGGCCAAAGCCGAACCACUUCUAUCCGACAGUUCAAAAUGCGGCAACACCAAUGACACUGACACCGUAUUCGUGUAUGACAAAACCAGUCUUGGCGACGAGGGGAUGAAAAACGUCCGCCAUUUUUUGAAAGAGUUUAUCAAUGACCUGAGCAUGAACUCGGGCAAAGCUCGGGUGGGGAUCGUGUCCAAAACUUGUCACCAGGGGGACAUCAAGCUUUCACAGUACCUUAAAAGUGAACAGUUGAUCCAAGGUUUGGAGGACGACAGCGGCCCAGGUAUAACUGACCUGGUCAAGCAGGCCAUGAGGUAUUCCUAUAAGGAGGAGUUUGGUGGGCGGAGCUACGCCCUAAAGAGGGUCGUCGUCAUAAUGACAAAAAACAUAACAGCGAGGGCCGACAUUAUCAUGGAGCUGCUCAAGGCCAAGUUUCUCAAAUACCAGGUUUUUAUCAUCUAUAUUGGAACGGACUACGACAAAGAGUUUUUGAACAAACUUGCUACUAGUUUGGAUCACGUGUUGUACACGUCAUCAAGCAGUGGCCUUGCUGAACUGCUCACACCGUUUAAAAACAUUUUCUGCACAGAGAAAACUGAAGUUGAACAGAAAACUGAAGUUGUACAGAAAACUGAAGUUAUAGAGAAAACUGAAGUUGUAGAGAAAACUGAAGUUGUAGAGAAAACUGAAGUUGUACAGAAAACUUUAGUUGAACAGAAAACUUUAGUUGAACAGAAAACUGAAGUUGGAAAACUGAAGUUGAACAAAAAACUGAAGUUGAACAAAAAAAUCCAGAGGACACAUUUUAUAUUUUUAAAAUAUUCGAGUAGAAGGGGUACUAGAGAGCCAGAUUCAAGUAUGAUAAAAUUCACGUGCAUGCUGUUCUCUUUGACGACAGUUGUGGUGUUGGGCCAACAGCGAACCCCACCCGUCUCUUCCCGUUCAGCAUGGGACAGCAAGCAAGCAGACGUGUACUUCCUGCUGGACGCCACGUCCAGCGUGUGGGUCCAGGACUACCUACGUCAGCGACAGUUUGUGGCGGAUCUCAUCUCCGAGCUGGACCUCACACAGACGCGGGUGGGGGUGGGGGUGUACUCCAACACCCACCAGGUGUGGGUCCCACUCAACGCCAGCCUCAGCAAGACCAGCAUCAUCAACAAGACUUUAGACGCCCCCUACCUGACGGGAGACUCCCAUUUAGCCAGUGCUCUAAAAGACCUGCGAGAAAUUUUAUCCUCGGCCAACAGACGACCACAAGUACCAGCCAUUGGUGUCAUAUUCGCUGACGGCGACACAAGCAAUAGGUUCUACCUGGCCUCUGAAUACGCCGAGCUGGCCAAGAUGGAGGGGAUCUUCAUGUUCUGUGUGGGGGUCGGGGACGAGGAGAGGUACCGGCAGUUCCAGAGCUACGCGAGUGACCCCAAGUCAGAUUUUCUAUUUAGUGUGCCAGAUUUUUACGCUCUGAAGAACAUCAAAAAUAAAUUUUUGACCAAUUUCGCCAAAGUUGAAUAUCUGCCGAUUGGAGAAGAAAAGUGUGUUGGCAAGUUUCUAGACACUGUCUUUGUCUAUGACAAGUCAGCGAUGGGUGACAAGGGGUCUAAAGAGGUCAAAUUAUUUCUCAAAGAAUUUAUUGCUGGCGUCAGCGUCAACUCGGGCAAGGUCAGGGUCGGUGUCGUCUCCAAAACAUGCCAGAAGGGUGACAUCACGCUAGUACAGAACCUGCAACGAGAGACUUUGGCCAAAAGCCUUGAACUAGACAACAGCCCAGACCUAACUGACCUGGUAACACAAGCCCUCGAAUCUUCAUUCAGAUUUGACAAUGGAGGUCGCAGCUAUGCUGAGAAACGUCUUGUCAUCUUUGUGCAUGGGCAUAUCAACAAUUUAAACAAAAUUUAUCCACGUCUAGCUAGGACAAAGUACAUUCAGGAUGAGGUCUACAAAAUCUACAUAAUCAGGGUGGGAACAGAGUCAGACAAAUCUUAUAAAGAGCUCCUUGAGUCAAUGGCCACCAGCAAAAACCAUGUGUUUUAUGUAGAUGCAAGCAAAAACACAACAAGCAAUGCAAGGCUAUUCCUCAGUGACAUUUUCUGCAAAGAUAUUUGACAUUUGGACACAAGCAAUUCUGAAGCCAAGAAUCAUUUGAUGUAGAAUGUAAUCUCAAUGGAUGCUAAAUUUAAAAAAAAAAACAUGUUUACAAACAAAUCUUCAACUACAACACUAGCUUUCAAUGUGUAAUUCUAUGACACAUAAUUAAUGUAUCUAUGGACACCUUGUCAAUUAGAGCAGUUUUGCUUUGUCUACUUAGUCUAGACUAAUUGUCCUAAUCUAGCACAUAAGUUGGAAAAAAAUAAAUCCGAUCAUAGACUACUGUAAA